AUUGGGUGUUUUUUAUCCAACUCAAUCCAAUCCUGCUUCGCGCGAAAGUUGCACUUUUAAUUGUUUAUUUGUCCUCAUAAACUUAUACUGUAAAAUGGUGCAAAUCACCGUGAGACUGCCAUCGAUAGGGGGACAAGCAGACAUCAAAGAUGAACUCAGUGAGUGGGCAAUACUAGAGAUGCAGGGGCACUUGGUUUCCAAGGAGGGGACUUUAUUUGGCGGAAAAUACAUUGGAGAUCUGCACUACACGAAAUCGGGAGUUCCUAUAUUGUUAGUUGGACACCACGUAUUAUAUGGCAAAGAGCAGGCUAUGGAUAAACCAGUUUUAGUCAUGAAGAAAGUAGUCCAGAGUGAAGUUGUGAGCGAUUCGGAUGAGAAGACUAAUGUGGAAUAUCAAGUGCAAGCUGUCAUUAAGAAGAAACUUGUGUUCCGUACCAGGCCGAAGCCCAUUAUAACUAAUCAGAUCAAGAAAUUCUGAAUGUUACACCAAGAAACGCUGCACUCCUGUUGAACCACUUGGAAGGGAUGUGAUUUGACUGAAGCAGUGAAAGCAGUUUGAAAAGCAGCUAGUGUUUAAAUGUAAGAAGCAUGCGAUGUGAAUGUGGUUGGACAAUCUAAGUGCUGAAACGAAGACUUUGAGAGUUGCAUCGAGUUCCCAUUGACUUUUUGUUGGCAUGCAACUGAUACCAAUAUGGAUUCUGGUAAAGUUGCUCAAACGGCACACGUACAACAUACUCUCUGGCUGGUACUCUAACUCAGCUCGAGCUGGCCGAGCCUGCUUGGAGAACUAUAACCACCCAAGUCCAACUUUUAUUUGAGAGACCAAGUUAAAAACAUGGUGUCAAGUUGAACUCUCUGGUUAUUACUUCACUUUGAGAUUCAAGCUGUACCUGUCAUAGUUAUGAUACAAUGGCUAAUAUAACAGUCUGUGUGCAAGCAUACUGAUAUCACCUUA